GUUGGUUCUGUGGGGAGGUCCCAGCGAGGUUUACAACUUGUUGCCAUUACCUCUUCAUACUUAAUUUGCAGAACAGACUUUAGGCUAACAACCUACCGGUAGGCAACUUCAUUUACUACUGUAUAACGCCACCCUCUGGAUGGGUAACUUUUUGGACAACACAGGAAAAUAUUUUAUGUGCUUUUUGGAAGAAAGUCAGACAUAUUUCCACUGGAAAGCCCUUGGAGGGAUGCUGUUCAUCACAACAUGGAAACAACGAGAUAUGUCUUAGUCAUUGUGCUUCUACGUGUCUUCUGUUGUUGGACUUACAGCCAAGAACUAAAUCCCAGAGGUAGAAAUGUAUGCAAAGCUGGGUAAGUCAUUGUGUGCCAGUUUAAAAAAAAGUUUUAGGCUUGAAAUUGAUGGACAAAACUAUUACAGUAGCCUGAUUCAUGUCAGUGAAGGAAGAUAAACAUGCAUUCAAUUGUUUUAGAUAUGUUAAAGUUUGAGAUUUUCAGAAUACCCAAGCCCUUCUAUACACAGAUAACCUUCCUCAGAUCUCUGCUUAUUUAGUCUACUGCUACACUGGUUCGUUGUGCCAGUAAUUCCCUGCAUUAUGAAUGCAUUGACCGAUUUGCAUCUGAAUGUGAUUAGGAUAAUGUUCAGGAUUUAAAUGUAUUAGUCCAUUUGUCAUGACUGAAAUGUGAUCAUAAUAUUAGUUUGGAUGGAAGGAGUUCAAUUACGUUAGUUUCUAUAAAUCAAAUACAGAUGAUUUCCAUAAUAACUAAUGUUUUUUUCCCCCUCCCAGAUCUGACAGGCUCCAAUGCUGUAGUGGCUGGGCACAGCAAGGAGAUGAGUGCUUAAUACGUGAGUACUGGAAAGCCUCUAUUAUCCCAUUCCACAAACCUGAAUCAGAUAAUUGGGAGUAGACUCCCAAGCCAUUUUUCCCUUUCAUUUCUAAAAGCACAAUUAUUUAUUGCGAACUAACUUGCCCAAUGGUUUUUCUUCAGCAAUUUGUGAGGGUAACUUCACCUGCAAAGAGAAUGAAGUUUGUGUGCGACCCAACGAAUGCCGCUGUCGUCAUGGUUAUUUUGGAGCCACUUGUGAUACAAGUAAGUUAGUUCCCUGUUCCUCACUCACAGCUAUCCUUAAAGCAGCAAUCAGCAGUUGAAACAAAGUGACCUCCCUGUCCCUGUUAAGGGUAAAAGCUGAGGGAUGGGGCAGGAGAAAUGUAACCACUCUCAAAUUCAUAGACACAGCUAUGGAUGCAAGUACUAACCAUCCAUGAUAUCAAAAUUAUAGUUUAAAUCAUGUUUUGAGGCUAUAUAGUGUUUGUUAACAUUUACUUUGUUUACAAACAUUGGAGUAAAAUAGGCUUAUAUUUUGGGUUCUGAUGGGGUACGACAGUUGAACUAAGCUCAUGAGGCAUUAAUUAGUUAUAUACUUCAAGAAUCAAUGGGUACAUAUAAUUAAUUUAUACGUAAAGAAAAAUGGAUGUAGCAAUUGCAGAUUGCCCCUUUAAAUGUAAUUUUGCCAUUUAUUUAAAGCAUAAAUUCCUGUGAAAGGUAGUGUCAGUGUGUUAACACUGCAGUCAUUUUCACAUACAGCCAGUCCAGGUAGCCUACUUCUCAGAACUACGUAGCCUACGUCCAGAGAACUUAGUGCACAAAUGAUCUCAUUGUUGACCCAUAUUUUCCUUUCAUCCUCCCUGUAGAAUGUCCGUCUGAGUUCUGGGGGCCUGACUGCAAGGGUAAGUGUGAUUGCCAUCCCAACGGGAGGUGCGAUGAUGUCACUGGGGCCUGCACCUGUAACCCUAAUCGCUGGGGGCCAAACUGUGAGCGAGCCUGUGGCUGCCAGAAGGGCCAAUGCAACCAGGAGACAGGUGCUUGUACGUGCUACGCAGGCUUCUGGGGCCCUCAGUGCUCCAACAACUGUUACUGCAGCGUCAACUCUGUGUGUGACGUGGGGACAGGUCAGUGCCACUGCAACCCCGGCUGGUAUGGGAGGAGCUGCGGUGCCCAGUGUGUCUGCAACGGCUCUCCGUGUGACCAGCUCACCGGCCGCUGCAAGUGUCGAGAUCGUCUGUGGGGUAUUCACUGCGAGCGCAUGUGCCAGUGUGUCCAUGGACGCUGUAACCAGGCGGAUGGAUCGUGCACCUGCAGGCCAGGAUUCAGAGGGAAGUUCUGUAGGGAGCCGUGUCCAGCUGGAUUCUACGGACAAAAUUGCAGAAACAGGUGUGUGACAGCUGUGUUGGACAAAGAUGACUUACUUGGAACCACUCUGGUAGCCACAUAGGUUAUUUAGCUGGAUAAGACAUACGUCUUUGCUCUUUCAGUCUGCUGUACGGUGCCCAUUGUGGUAACCAUGUGGUGAAGCUGGCAAAUCUAAUGUGGUUUACAAACUGUUUUGAGCUGUGACACACCUAAAGAGUUUGGCCAACUGAAGCUGUUGGCAAACAAAAAUAAUAUCUUGUCACAAGCCAGUUUCUAGCCACAAGGAAACUAGCAUCGGUUGAAAGGAUCUAGAAGAGGGAACCAACCAUUUGGAAACACUAUUCUAGCAUGAAUGUGACUGUAAUGAAUUUAGUUAGUCCAUGCUAUUCAUGUUUUGUUACAAUGUUACUGAGGACUUGGUCUUACCGUUCUUCCAGGUGUGGUCGCUGUAAAGGCCAGCAGCCCUGCAAGGUGGCAGAGGGACGUUGCAUCGCAUGUGAAAGCGGUUGGAAUGGCACCAGGUGUGACCAGAUGUGUACCCCUGGGUUCUUUGGUGAAAACUGCAAGGACGUUUGCUCAUCCUGCAAAGACGGACACUUCUGCAACCGCAUCAACGGCAAAUGCCCCCACUGCAACCCUGGUUGGAUGGGUGAUCGGUAGGAAUAUGAUUAUGAGCUUCCGAUCACAUUCGUCAUCUCUAAUCAAAUAUAGAUAAGAAAAUAAAAUAUAAUUAUAUCACCUCUAAGUUUGUGUGUGAUCUUCAACCAUUUGUGUCUUCACAGAUGUGAGGUCAAGUGCCCAAAUGGAACCUAUGGAGAGAACUGUGUCAAUGACUGCAACAGCUGCUUCAAUGGGAUGUGUCACUUCGCCACAGGAAAUUGUCUCUGUGAUCCCGGCUUCUCUGGUGCCUAGUGAGUGCAAAACAUUUUACAUGCAAAAAUGUAAUUGAAUGUAAUAAAUAGAGAAUGUAAUAUGGAUGGUGUCGAGACCAAUUUUGAAAUCUCAGGCAAAUAAAUUUGCCACUCUUUCCUAUGCAGCUGUAAUGUGACCUGUUCAGCGGGUCAGUAUGGGCUUAACUGUACCCAGACCUGUUCCUGCCAUGACAACAACUGCAACAUAGUGACUGGAGCAUGUAACCUACGUAAGAACCUUUCCUAAAACAGACUUAUCUAAUGAGAUGAGGGAAAAAAAGUGUAAUGUAUUCUUUUUCCAGAGAGCUUAUUGGUAACAUGCAUUUGAAGUCGGAAGUUUACAUACACCUUAGCCAAAUACAUUUAAACUACAUUUUUCACAAUUCCUGACAUUUAAUCCUAGUACAAAUUCCCUGUCUUAGGUCAGUUAGGAUCACAACUUUAUUUUAAGAAUGUGAAAUGUCAGAAUAAUAGUAGAGGGAAUGAUUUAUUUCAGCUUUUAUUUCUUUCAUCACAUUCCCAGUGGGUCAGAAGUUUACAUACACUCAAUUAGUAUUUGGUAGCAUUGCCUUUAAAUUGUUUAACUUGGGUCAAAUGUGUUGGGUAGCCUUCCACAAGCUUCCCACAAUAAUUUGGGUGAAUUUUGGCCCAUUCCUCCUGACAGAGCUGGUGUAACUGAGUCAGGUUUGUAGGCCUCCUUGCUCGCACAUGCUUUUUCAGUUCUGCCCACAAAUGCUCUAUAGGAUUGAGGUCAGGGCUUUGUGAUGGCCACUCCAAUACCUUGACUUUGUUGUCCUUAUGCCAUUUUGCCACAACUUUGGAAGUAUGCUUGGGAUCAUUGUCCAUCUGGAAGACCCAUUUGCGACCAAGCUUUAACUUCCUGACUAAUGUCUUGAGAUGUUGCUUCAAUAUAUCCACAUAAUUUUCCUUCCUCAUGAUGCCAUUUAUUUUGUGAAGUGCACCAGUCCCUCCUGCAGCAAAGCACCCCCACAGCAUGAUGCUGCCACCCCUGUGCUUCACGGUUGGGAUGGUGUUCCUUCUGCUUGCAAGCAACCCCCUUUUUCCUCCAAACAUAACGAUGGUCAUUAUGGCCAAUCAGUUCUAUUUUUGUUUCAUCGGACCAGAGGACAUUUCUCCAACAAGUACAAUCUUUGUCCCCAUGUGCAGUUGCAAACUGUAGUCUGGCUUUUUUAUGGCGGUUUUGGAGCAGUGGCUUCUUCCUUGCUGAGCGGCCUUUCAGGUUAUGUCGAUAUAGGACUCGUUUUACUGUGGAUAUAAAUACUUUUGUACCUGUUUCCUCCAGCAUCUUCACAAGGUCCUUUGCUGUUGUUCUGGGAUUGAUUUGCACUUUUCGUACCAAAGUACGUUCAUCUCUAGGAGACAGAACGCGUCUCCUUCCUGAGCGGUAUGACGGCUGCGUGGUCCCAUGGUGUUUAUACUUGCGUACUAUUGUUUGUACAGAUAAACGUGGUACCUUCAGGCGUUUGGAAAUGACUCCCAAGGAUGAUCCAGACUUGUGGAGGUCUACCAUUUUCUUCUGAGGUCUUGGCUGAUUUCUUUUGAUUUUCCCAUGAUGUCAAGCAAAGAGGCACUGAGUUUGAAGGUAGGCCUUGAAAUACAUCCACAGGUACACCUCCAAUUGACUCAAAUGAUGCCAAUUAGGUCUAUCAGAAGCUUCUAAAGCCAUGACAUCAUUUUCUGGAAUUUUCCAUGCUGUUUAAAAGGCACAGUCAACUUAGUGUAUGUAAACUUCUGACCCACUGGAAUUGUGAUACAGUGAAUUAUAAGUGAAAUAAUCUGUCUGUAAACAAUUGUUGGAAAAAUUACUUGUGUCAUGCACAAAGUAGAUGUCCUAACCGACUUGCCAAAACGAUAGUAUAUAUAUAUUUUUUUUUCUGUUGUAUUUUUGACUUUAUGUUUUGUUUACCCCAUAUGUAACUCUGUGUUGUUGUUUUUAUCGCACUGCUUUGCUUUAUCUUGGCCAGGUCGCAGUUGUAAAUGAGAACGUGUUCUCAACUGGCUUACCUGGUUAAAUAAAGGUUAAAUAAAAAAAAUAAAAAAAUAGUUUGUUAACAAGAGUUUUAAUGCCUCCAACCUAAGUGUAUGUAAACUUCCGACUUCAACUGUAUGUCUGCCAUAAAAACACACAUGGCAGAGAUUUCUUUUUAAAAUAGAGUCUAUUCUGUGGCAAGUGAGACAGAUGUAUGACCUCUGCUCUUUGAACAGAGCCUAACCAGAGGAUGGGUGUGAUGGCAGCAGGGGUGCUGGUCACCUGUCUCCUCCUCCUGCUCCUCUCCUUGCUGUGUUGCUGCUGUGUCUGCAGACAGAACAAACAGAAUGAGUAAGAAUGAUUGUUGUUUGUAUUGGGAACAGUACAUCAUAAAUAUAUUGUCACAUUGAUUGGAGUUAAACUUAUACUUCACAGCUUAUUUUGUUUCUCUGUUGAUUGCGUUUAGCCCUGAGAAAAUGUCCAAAAGAAGACUAUGUGGAGGGUUCACACGAAUCAGCUCUAAACUUCCUCGUAUCCCACUGAGACGGCAGAAGCUACCCAAAGUUGUUGGUAGGUCCUACCUGCACAAACUCUAUGAAUGUUAAUGUAUGUUUUCACCAUGUUCUCAUGAUUGAUGAUAAACCAGCCCAAUACCCAAAGACAGUUCUCUCCAAAAUCAAAGUAGCAUCCCUGCUCCUUGGUUUUUUUGCUUUGCUUGCUCUCUGAAUGGCUGUGACAGUGAACUCAGCGUCUGUUUAAAACCAUACUUAAACAGCGUCCUGCUUCCCCCCUUUUCACCCUCCCCAUUUCCCUACAUUCCAUCGAGGGCCCCUCUGGACCACCGACAGGAAGUGGCAAAAAUUAUCCUAACCUGCAAUGUCUCUCUACUGGAACAGGGGCAGUGGGGCUGGUGGGACAGAAGGGAGAACGUUUGGGCUGGUCCCACGUGUAAAACAAUUUAUUUGAAGGGACAAAAUGCAGUGAAUGAUUAUUGUUGUCAACAAAUAAGUUCAAAGCUUUAGUGAAUGUAGGUUCUAACGGUAAGAGGCUAAGUGCUUGCUCUGUUUCUGUUCUCCACAGUGUCCCACCAUGACCCUGAGAAUACUUUCAACUGUAGUUUCAUUGAGCCCCCCUCUGCAGUGGAGCAACCCACCCCCUCCGGGUCAUCCCGAGCCUCCUUCUCUUCCGUAGAGACCACAGAGGAUGGACAUGUCUAUGCUGUGCCUGACGGUGAGUGUCCCAGACUAAAUCUUCCCUGUCAAUCCUGCAUGAUAGUGAGUGCUGCAUUAAAAAACCCUCUGUCUGUUCUGUCUGUGACAGUCACACCUGUCUAUCCUAGAAUCUUAAUUUCUGCAGGUGAUGGGAAUUUGUUAAGGCAAAUUAUUGUUGAACUCAUCAUGAAGAAAAUAUGUGAAUGAAGGUUGCAUUUUUAACAUUCAGCUCCGAUAAUGAUGGGAAUGUCAUUCCAAAAACAAGAUAGCAUUUUGGAAUGACAGAACAUUAUGAGGUGAUGUUGAGUCCUUGAUUGCACACAAUGUUUUUUUUGUAUGAUUCACCGAUUUUCUGCAAUGACUUGAUUUUUGUCCAAACAACUGCUGCAUAGUCAUAUCCUGUGUCAUAUCCUGUGUAAGAUCCAGAGGGUAUGACUGCGUAAACUACAGUUCUUGACAGAUCAUAAUUAUACUGAUCUGCCCUAAAUACACUGCCUAAUCUGCUGCCAUAUCAUCCAAUUAAAGUUUCAAAAGUAAGCAUAAACAGGAAAAUUUUACUAAUAGGAAAUCCAGCAUUUAAAACAUUUCCAAAGCAUGUGUAUUUAUUUCCUCAACAUCUUUAGAACUGAAAGGGAGUCUGAUUCUGCUUAUUUUUUAUUUAAUUGAAUAAAAAUUGACGUUUGAAUCUCUUCCCCCCCCUCCCCCUCCCCCCCCCCCCUCCUCCCCUCUCCCCCCCUCUCUCUCUCCCCCCUCCCCCUCCUCCCCUCUCCUCUCCCCUCCCCUCCCCUCCCCCGCUCUCUCUCUCCCCUCUCUCUCCCCCCCUCCCCUCUCUCUCUCUCCCCCCCCUCUCUCUCUCUCCCCCCCUCUCUCUCUCUCCCCCCCUCUCUCUCUCUCUCCCCCCUCCCUCUCCCUCUCCUCUCUCCCCUCUCUCUCCCUCUCCUCUCUCCUCCCCCCUCUCUCUCUAAGAAGAGAACAAAAAGAAAUGGGACAGAAUCAACACAACAGAGACUACAGUACUAGCUGAUAAUGAUAUCCCUGAGGUAGACACGUUGCCGGAGGACAUGGAUAUGACUGAGCAGGCCUCAGUUAACACCAGUGAGCUGCCACUCCAGAAGUUAUCAGAGAGUGAGGGCUCCUGCAGUGGCACAGAGUCAGCCACCAGCACCCUCCGCCUCAGGGCCUCUGCCCCUCAGCCACCCCAGCAGUCCAGCAAGGAGCCAGAGAACAAUAGAGGGUCAAACAAUGUCAAAGAUAAUGGGAAGCCUAUAGCUGCUGAGAGGGUUAAACCACAGCCACCAGACCCCUCCACCAAGCCCAAGCUCUCCUGGAUCCAUGCAUCUCCUGGGCCAAAUCAGAAUCAGAUAAGUAAGGAAGAGACUGUGGCUGAGGAUAACAUUUGUUCCAGAAAGAAAGCCAGCAAGCAUCAAACUCCCAACGCCCCCGAGUCUGCAGGUACAGAUGGGGCCAGCUCCAUAGGUGAGAAGAAGCCAAAUAAAAGCAGACCAGGUCGGUUGCAGAUAGAGCACAUCAACGGGGCAGUGCAGAGUGUCCUCAGGAAAAUGGGCAACUUCCGGAAAACUGCAAUCCCCAAAGAGUCCCCAGAGAAGAGCCCCAGCUUAUCCCUAAACAGGGAGGUUAACCAACCGAACAUACACUCUGAGGUAGCCUCCCUCUUAACUGCUCAGCUGAAGGAGAAGACUCAGAGCCUGAACAGGAGUGAGGCCGGCAGCUGUGAGGAGAGCCUGUCUCACUUCCAGGCCCAGAGAAAGAAGCCCACCCCGCCCCAAAAGACCUCGGGCACCCAGCCUGGAGCUGGAAAGGCUUUGCUUCCCACAUCCGCCAGCUCACAGAAGCCUCUGCCAGAUACUCCAUCUAAAGAAGCCAAAAGCCCAGAGAAACAAGACUCUAACAACUCUGAAAGCAGAUCAGAUAAGGGAGAGCCCAAAAAUAAGACCCCAAUGAAAAAGCCUCCUCGAAAAAAGAGCAAGGAAGGUAAUGUAGACUCAAAAAUACAGACUACUACUCCAAAGGUUGCAGUGAUGCCACCAAAGCCUGCAAAUUAGCAUGGCCAGUCUUGAUGUUUCUCAAUUCUGGGAAAACAAUGACGCACAUGUUGUGAUGCUUGAAAGAAUUUAUUGAACAAGUUUCAUUGUAUUUUGCACCAAAUUGAAUAACGAUGGAAUCUUUUCCCUUCGGUGGAUGUUUUUGAUCUUGAGAAAUGUUAUGAUACAAUGCAGUAUUCUUUAUAUUUUAACUUUUUAUAUUCCUU